AUGAAGACUGCUGCCAUCGCCACCUCCAUCCUGGCCUCUGCCCUGGCCGUGUCCGCCCAGAACAUCCAGUCCAAGCCCUUCAACCUGGAGAUCGUUUCCGACGAUGACACCGUCAAUGGCAAGUACGUCGGUGCCUGCCACUCGGGUGCUGCCAUCGAGAGCCUCUGCCUCACCGACCGGCCCGUCACCAUGCAUCUCAACUCCACAUCCGAACAAGACCUCGAUAAUGGUCUUCUAACUUGGCUUCUGCCUUCCAACCUUCCCGUCGAUUCCUCCAUGCGCCUGAUCGCCGACCCCUCUUCCAACGUCGCCCAGGCUCUCUUCUACCCCGGUCCGAGCGGCGGACAGUACGUCCAGUUCAAAGACGACAAGCUCACUCUCCUCAGCAAUAUCGACGACACCCAAGUCCCCAUCAAGGCCGGCAACCCUGAAUCCCUGGAGAACUGGUUCUUCUGCCAAUCCUACUACACUUCGUACCGCUACAACACCCUCAGCUGGGUCUACGGAAAGGCCGAGCCCCAAAACCCUACCUGUGUCAAGGUCUCGGUGAAGCGCAACUAUGAGUACUAA